UCUUCAAAAAUACCCGCUCUCCUUCUCGAACCCGAAGAAAUGGCCGGACAAACACUUUGGCUCCGUUGCGAGAAGAAGGAAUUCGAGCGGCGCGCAGCCCUCUCGCCCGCAAAUGCUAAGAAGCUGGUCGAUGCCGGUUUCACCAUCUACGUCGAGCGCGACGAGCAGCGUAUUUUCGACGAUGCAGAGUACGAAGCUGCCGGCUGCAAGCUCGUCGCGAAUAACUCCUGGCCCAGCGCACCGACCGACAUCCCCAUUAUCGGCCUGAAGGAGCUCCCCGUCUCCGACGCGCCCCUGCCGCACACGCACAUCCAAUUCGCCCACUGCUACAAGCAGCAGGCGGGCUGGUCGGGUAUCCUCGCGCGCUUCUACAAGGGCGGUGGCACGCUCUACGACAUCGAGUUCCUGGCAGACGCGAGCGGACGCCGCGUCGCUGCCUUCGGGUACCACGCCGGUUUCGCAGGUGCUGCAGCCGGUGCAUUGGCGCUGACGGCGCAGAAGAAGGGCAAGCCGCUGGGCCUCCUUGAGCCGUACGCGAAUGAGCAGGCGAUGAUCAGCGAUGUCAAGCAAGCACUGGGCGGGAGCGGGAAGGGCGUGAAGGCACUGGUGAUCGGCGCCUUGGGCAGGUGCGGUCGGGGAGCAGUCGACCUCUUGAGGAAGAUCGGCCUAGACGAGGAUGACAUUCUCAAGUGGGAUAUGGCCGAGACCGCGAAGGGCGGACCGUUCCAGGAGAUUCUGGACGUCGAUAUCUUUGUGAACUGCAUCUACCUCAGCUCGCCGAUCCCGCCAUUCCUCACCCACGAGCGACUCCGCGAGGCUGGCAAGGACCGCCGGCUGUCGGUGGUUGUCGACGUCAGCUGCGACACGACGAACCCGCACAACCCGAUUCCGAUCUAUAGCAUUAACACGACAUUCCCGGAGCCCACCGUGCCUGCAGAUGUUGGGCCUGGAAACCCCGCUCUGUCAGUCAUUUCAAUUGACCACCUACCGACGUUGCUACCAAGAGAAGCAUCAGAACAAUUCAGCACGGACCUGUUGCCGUCGCUGCUGGAGCUCCCUAAUCGUCAGAGCGCGCUGGUUUGGGUGAACGCGGAGAAGCUGUACAAGGAGAAGGUGGCAGAGGCAGUCAAGGCAGAGGGCCUGUAAGCUGGCUUGGAGGUCAAAAUCGAGCGAGAGUAUCAACGGAAGUUGCGUAAUUGGAUCCGUCUUGUCAGG